AUGGUAAACUAUAGGGACCAAUAUUCGUUUCUCAAUAUCUCGUUGGAUGGUAAAAGUAUAGGCAAGGUUGCAAGGACCAAGUUUCUUGGCUGUAUGUUGGAUGAUAGACUACAAGUAACAGCGCACACGGAGGAACUGCGAAACAAACUCUCAAGAGCGACGUUUCUGUGUAAGAAUGUUGUAGAAUCCGCCGGGCCUGGCAUAGCCAAACUUGUAUAUAAUGCCUACUUCCACUCGCAUCUCAACUACUGUGCAGAAUUCUGGUGUAUGACCACGAAGACGCACUUCAAGAAACUCUACGUGCAACAGAGUCGAGCGAUACUUGUUGUUACCAAUGCAGCCACGACGAAUGAAGCCUUCUCAAGCUUGAAGGUCCUGCCGUUAGCGGAAGCCCUGACUUACGGUGUGUGUAAAUUCCCCCAUGAGCGGAUCACGAACCAGGGACCAGAGGUCCUGAAACUGAGCUCGCUUGGUACUAACAGGAGCACCAGAGCGGGAGGAACGAGACUCAUACAAAUUGAGAGAAGAAACACACAUAUCGGCAGCGAAUCCUAUUACGCGAGAAUCGCGAACAUCUGGAACUCCUUACCCCAGGGGAUAAGACUGAUUGACUCCGAGGUGCAAUUCAAAAAGAAGCUAUUACUCCUAGCCAAUGAUGUUAGUGGCAGACGGAAAUUCUUCUGA